UAUGCUUGUACGGAUUGGGUGUCAUUGGUUUUUCGUACGGAAUCAGCUCUAUGACGGGUUCAGUUGUGCAGAUCACUGUCGUUGUGUUCGGAGCAUGUGGAGGACCAUUGGCCGGACUUUUCUUUCUUGGCGGAAUGAUACCGAAAGCGAACUGGAAGGGAGCCAUUAUUGGCAUUGUGACGUCACUUGCGUUUACUAUUUGGAUAACCAUAGGAGCCCAACUUUACGGAAAGCGUCCGGUAAAGUUAACCCAGAAUCCGACAAGUGGAUGUUUCCCAGGAAACCAAACUGUCACAAUCGACGAGCCGUCGAUGUAUAGUUACAACGAUACUACGACUUCCAGUCUGUACGAUGUAACUGGAAACCCAAGCGUAUCACCAAAUAAUCCAAUUAAAUCAGAUGACAGUUUCUUCCUGUACAAUGUGUCAUAUGUCUGGUACGGUUUUAUCGGAUUUUUCCUCACUCUGAUCAUUGGUACCGUCGUAAGCUUGUGUACAGGUGGUGAUUGUCGUAAACCUGUGAAAGCCAACCUGAUAUUCCCAGUUUGUAGAAAGUUGUUUGGUCUGAAAUCUAGAUCCCAAUAUGAGGUGGCAGCGAUGGAGGACAAGAUUCUGCCACUUCCUAAGACUUAAGACCGGAAACAAUGCAAACGUAACAAGUUUAAUCGAUGGAAUUGCGAAGACUUAAAGACAUAUCUAUCGUAUAAUAAAGCAACGUUGUUAAAUUGUA